CUCUAAGAACCUCUUAUUUAUGAGGUCAUAAUAUAAUUUUAUUAGGUCAUAAUUCUUCCCGUUUGAAACCCUAGCCUCCUUCCCCUUUUCUCUCUCCCUCUUCCUUUCGAUCUGCACCCCUCCCCAUCUCCUUCUUCUCCGGCGAGCAGCAAGCGCCGGCGACAACUCUAGCGGCGCAAGCAGAUCCACGCGGCACUACUCUACUAACCCAAAAUCUGCGACGGCGAGCGGCGGCAGCUUUACCCUUCGUUCGAAGUUUUGACCGGUAGAUUUGCUAGGGUUACUGAGAGGGCAUAUCUCCGCUCUCAUCGUCUUGAUCGAGUUCGAUUUCUCCCUCUUCAGUUCCAUUUGUUCUUCCUCACCUGCAUCUGCCCGUCUCCGCUCUCAGCCCUAGUUGUUGCUGCACCGCUCUUCCUCUUCGAUUCCAGGAGUUUCCUUCGACGGGAGAGAAUUAAUCCACAAAGAAGUAAGCUGCUUGUGGUUUCUUGAUUCAUUCGAUAGAGGAUCGCGAGAAGAGAAAUACCGAUCAAAAGAAUUUUGCAGAAGAGAGUUGCUGAGGUGACUAAAUGGAUCUCCAGACAGAAAAUAGAAUAGCUGCAAUUCUUAUGAGAGAGGCAGCGGAACUGCGUCGUCAAGCUGAGAAAGAUGGCGUGGAGGCCUAUCUACGGCAUUCUAAAGUCAGGGGUCGUCCAAAUUCUCGCUUCCUAACUGCAACUGUUCUUGGUGUACAACAAGCUAAUAAAGCCGUGGAAGUGAAUGAAAUGUGGAGAGUUCGGCAAAAGGAAAUAGAACUGGAUGAUAGGCUUAGAGGCAAGUCAAGAGAGGGGCACAGUGCCUCUAGGAGCCGGGGGAGCUUCAAGCCAUCCAGAGAUUUCGAUCGUGACAUUCCCAGUAGUUCAAGCCCACCUAGUAAAAGAGUUUCUGAAGAUUGCCACUUAAUGGAAGAUGAAGGUUUAAAAGAUGAAGAACUUGAGGUCUUUUUACACUCAAGGGCUAAGCGUGGCAGAGGGGCAGUUGGAUCACGGAUGGACGAAACUGGUCCAUACCUUGCCCCUUGCAACGAGACAGAUUUGAGUUGGCCAACAAGCUCGAAUGUUACAGAUAGACAUGUUGUUUAUGAACCAGAGAAGCCUAGUUCACUGAAAGCAUACAGCUCUUCUGAAGAGGAGUUUGACAGUGAUCGACGGAAAAGGUCAAAAAAAAGUUCACACAGGCAACAUAUCAGGGACCACAAGUCUAAACAUAAAUCUGAGAAAAGGAGGAAAGAAUCAAAGAAAAGCAAACGCCACAAAUAAGAGACUCCACGAUCAUUGUAGGAAGCUUUAUUCCGCUCCUUCAGGGCUCUAUGAUGAAGAUGGUCGGAAUUUUGCAUAAGUUGAGCAAUUUUUACAUUGAAGAAGUUGCAUCUCACUUUUAAACUAAAUUAAAGUUGCAUCCCGAGUGUUCUGUAUAUUCUAACUAGGAAAAGCUCUUAGAUGCUCUCUCUCUCUCUCUCUCUGAAUUUCUCUUUGUAAGGAAAAAAAAGUAGCUUUUUUACAUUAUGAAUUAUGACUGUUGCAGCAGCAAUGGAUAUGUGGAAGUGUUCCUUGUGAACUUGGGGUAGAUGGAAUGAAAGAUAUUAUUCUGUUUCUCUUUUGAACAUGUUGGGAUAAUUGUACAAACACUAAAUGAAUUGAGAUGUGAAAUGUCAAGUGGUUUUCUAAAGAAA